GUGCAUCUUGGGUAAGCUGGGGCCUGAUAAAAGGAGCAGAAUAUACUGGUAAAGCUAUCCACAAAGGAGCUUCUAAACUGCGAGAACACAUUCAACCAGAAGAAAAACCUGUGGAAGUCAGCCCAACUGUAGCAAAGGGACUUCAUGUAGCAAAACAGGCUACAGGAGGAGCUGUGAAAGUCAGCCAAUUCUUAGUUGAGGGAGUGUGCUCUAUAGCAAGCUAUGUCGGAAAGGAGCUGGCUCCACACGUGAAGAAGCAUGGCAGCAAAUUAGUUCCAGAAUCCCUUAAGAAAGAUAAAGAUGGCAAAUCUACUUUUGAUGGUGCUCUGGUGGUAGCAGCAAGUGGAGUUCAAGGGUUUUCAACAGUGUGGCAAGGUUUAGAAAGUGCAGCGAAGUGCAUUGCUAAAAGUGUUUCAACUGAGACUGUAAAAACUGUCAAAUACAAGUAUGGAGAUGCUGCUGGCCAUGCUACAGACAACGCUAUGAAUUCUGCAAUCAAUGUUGGUGUGACAGCGUUUAACAUUGACAACAUUGGUAUCAAAGCUGUUGUAAAGAGAACUGCAAAGGAAACUGGCCAUGCUGUGUUAGAUGAAUAUAAAGUAUUGGAUAAUGAGAAGAAGGAUAAAAAAUGA